CCAGGAUCCACGUUAGCCGCGUCAGUGAACUGUUCCACACAUGCCGCUCAUUCCAAUCCAGGCCUCAGAUAACCGUCACUUUCUCCCGCGGACCAAACUGUAGUGUGUUGAAUAAGAAUAGAAGGCACAGAUCUGCAUUCUGAAUAUCCCAUCAUGCCUCUUUUAAAAAAGUUAAUCUGCACCAAGUUGACAGUUAAACUGCUCUUGUUCUUUAUGUUUCUUAUGAUGUUGGCCUUGCUGAUUUUAACUAACGCCAUUUGGUUUCCAUUGGGUUUUGUAAAUCCAAUUAGUAAUUUACAAAAUCUGAUUCUUAAUGUCUCAGGUGCAGUAAAAGCAAAUGACCUUCCUGUAGAAAAAUCACACACUGAAUCAGGAAGUUCAGUGUUUACAGAAAUAACUAUGACUAAAAUAGCUGACGAUAUCCACAAACCACAUCAAUAUGAGUAUUUUAUCAAUGAACCUGAUAAAUGCAAGGAGAAUGUUCCAUUUCUGGUUCUGCUUGUAACUGUACAAAGAUGGCAACGAGAAGCGCGUCAAGCUAUAAGGAAUACAUGGGGAAAAGAGGACCUUCUGCCAGGAGUCAAGAUACUUAGGUUAUUUUUCCUAGGUAAAGACCCCAAGCCGAAUACUGAUGCAGAUCAGGAAAUUGUAAAGGAAAGUCAAGAAUUCCAUGACCUUAUCCAGCAGGAUUACUUGGACACAUACAAUAAUCUUACCAUUAAGGUACUGAUGGGUUUGAGCUGGAUAACUACAUACUGUCCCAAUGCUUUGUAUGUAAUGAAGACAGACAGCGACAUGUUUGUGAAUACUGAAUAUUUGGUCUACAAGGUUCUAAAACCAGAUCAAGCACCAAGAAAGAAUUAUUUCACAGGAUAUUUAAUGAUAAAUGGUUCCCCCAUUCGCAACCUAGACAGUAAGUGGUAUGUGUCACCAGAUGUAUAUCCCGAAAAAAGAUAUCCUCCAUUUUGUUCUGGGACUGGAUAUGUGCUCUCAGGAGACUUGUCCCACAAAAUAGUCAAAAUCUUUCCAAGUGUUAGAUGGCUACACCUGGAGGAUGUCUUUAUUGGUCUCUGCCUUGAUAAACUAGGAGUUCAACUGGUGGCUCCACCUAAAGGAUCUGACUUUAAUAACUGGAGAGUCGUGUAUUCAGACUGCAAAUACCACAAUAUUGUUACAUCACAUGGAGUGAGUCCUGGGGAGAUGCUAAAUUAUUGGGGAAGACUACAAAAGUCCAAACACCUCUGUAUAUAAUUCACCUCACUUGUUAAUAAACGCCUGAAACAUGAACAUCAUUCUAA